CAUAGGCGUUGUAUACGUUUGUGUGUAUUUUUAUAUAAUGCUGUAAGGCCGAUACAAUAUGUCUAUCGAUCAAUUACUUGCUCUCAAGUUUACAGCCAGACAGUUGGCUCGAAAUUCUAAAAAAUCUGAAUUAGAUGAAUCCAAACAGAAAAGGAAACUAAAACUCGCUAUCGAGAAAGGCAACAUUGAGGGUGCAAGAAUUUACGCGCAAAAUGCCAUUAGAUCUAAAAACCUUGCUACCAACUAUCUCAGACUCUCAUCACGUGUUGAUGCUGUUGCCUCACGUGUCGAAAAUGCUAUACGCAUGAAUACUGUGACUGACUCUAUGUCUAAGAUAGUCCGUACCAUAGAGUCUUCUAUGAAAUCUAUGAAUUUAGAGAAAAUUGCUCAAAUUAUGGAUCAGUUUGAGAAGCAGUUCGAGAAUUUAGAUAUACAAAGCGAAUUCAUAGAAAAGAGUAUUAGUGACACAACAGCUCUAAUAACUCCUCAGGAGCAAGUUGAUGACUUAAUUGCAAUGACGGCGGAGAUGUACAAUAUAGACCUCAAAGAAAAGCUUCCACAGCUGCCUGAGAGCUCAAUACAGAAAUUGAAAAAUGAGAAUCAGAAGAAUGAAUGUGACGAACUUAUGGACAGACUUACCAAACUCAAAUCAAGUUAACGACAGGGCUGGGAGAGAAAAAUCAAACCAUAAUUAGGCACACAUUUCAUGCGUACACGGAUUCACGACACAACUUUUGUUACUUAGGUAGUUCGGUUGAGAAAACGAUACCUUGUGAUUGCGCGAGUACGAUGAGAUGGUCCGUAUAACUGUCAAAAAUUGUGAGAUUUGUACCAAGAAAACUUUGUUCAGGUAGAAGAAUACAGCCUGUCCUUUUUUUAUGACGAGAUGGAUACGUUGUAUGCAUACAAGAUUGAAUGUGUUUUCAUAGGAAAUAAACUAAGCAUUAGAGGA